UACAUGUUGUUUACUCAAUUUGGUGCGGCUCAUGUGUAUCUCGCCGAAAUCUACGACAAUUUCUUAUAUGGUGACUGAAGACUUGUAAUAAUACCUACGCCUAAAAUAUUGGAUUCGCGCCGUUGUUAUCUAAUAUGAUGGAGAUGUCCGAGGAGCUCUUUGUUUCCUUGCCGAAGGGCUGUAAGAUCUGUUAUCGGACACUCGGCAACCCGUCAGACCCGGCCAUGAUCAUCAAUUCGGGAUAUGGAAUGUCUAUGACACAAACGCCUGAUGCGUUUGUCCGAUUGCUUAAUCCACCGGACCAUCCUCACUUCAUCGUCCAAUUCGAUUACCGGGAUACUGGCCGUUCGACGUCUUUCCCCGAGCCACCUUACGGAGAACGUGCCUACACGUUCGAUGAUAUGGUAGACGAUAUUGUAGGCCUUAUAAACCAUCUAAAGCUUAAGCGUGUGCAUGUAAUAGGCACUAGCAUGGGCGGACCAAUUUCCUGGCUAACAGCUGGCCGGCUACCCGAAAUCGUUGAGAGUCUGGCUCUCAUAUUCACGAGCCCGGUAGGGCGAAUACAGAAUGAGACGGACAACUUGCCGUCGCUGCAAAUGGAGGGACACUACACACUCACCGAUGCGUUCGACCCACCCACGGAUAGGGAUGAUCACGAGGGCUGGAUCAAAACAUAUGCGACGAUGUCUCUCGCCAUGGCAACGAAACCGCCUACCGAAGAAGAGAGGGCUGAUGCGAGACGCAUGUCCGAGAUUACGUACUAUCGUGAGCGGGAGACCGGGACGAUGUGGAGUAAGACGAAUCACUCAGAUGCGGCGGGCGUGAGAUGGCCUAGGGAGGCGCUUAAGCUUGUUAAAUGCCCGACCGUCGUUAUCCACGGGGCUAAGGAUCAGCUGUUCUCGGUGGAACACGCAAAGGCUCUGAGGGAUGGCGUGGAGGGAGCAACGUUGGUGAUUAUUGACGAUUGCGGGCACGAGUUACCGCACCGGGCUCUGAAGCCCGUGACGGACGCGAUCCUUGCCAACGCGAAGAAGGGAGAACAGGUGAAGACGGCUGGGAAGUAAUAUGAACUAUAUAGCAGUUACUUGACUAGUAUUGUGGCCUUUAUGCGUCGCUCUCCCGCGACAUAUGCAUGCAAUACUGAAUGGGUAGUAGCAGAUUAGGAGAGGAAUGAUGAUAAAAAGGGGGACAGACGACAAGUCAAAACGAGGGAUGGGCUAUCCAGGGUUACAAGCAUUUCAAUGGAUCUAUAAGAGUAAAAUACCAGACGUAAU